UUUUCAGAAAGCCCAAGCUCACCAAAUAUCUAUUUACUUCCUCUGCCUUGUGAAGGCAUUCAUCCAACCAACCCCAUUCUGACUUGCAUCGUAGCAGACUUCCGCCCAAAAAAGAUUACAGUAAACUGGGAAGUGAACGGAACUCCUCACAAUUUUAAAAACCCUUCUCCCUUUCCCAACGGAAAAGAUGGCAAAGAGAAGGCCUACACCCUCGUCAGCAACCUGGAGAUUUCCCCGGAGGAGUGGAAGAACGGUGCCACGUAUUCGUGUGUGGUUUCACACAACUCUACAACAAGGAACAAGACAAUCAGCAGGUGUACAGCUUGCUCCAGCAUUGAACCAACUAUUCAUCUUCAGAAACCCACAUUUGAAGAUAUUAUCAAAGGGAAAGAUGUAAGUGCUGAUUGUCUUGUGGUCGGGCUCAAUGACAUCACCGUUUCCUGGAUUACUGAUGGAAGAGAACAUGGUUCAGUUUUAGUUGAUGUCAAACUAAAUGGGAAUAAUACCCAAAGCAUCACCAGGCGAUUGACAGUCUCUUCUUCUGAAUGGAAAAGCUACAGCAAAGUUAGCUGCAAAGUUACACACCCUUGUUCCACCAAAGAGGCGUCUAUUACCAAAGAGAAAGGUUACAGUAAACCUGCUCUUAAGAUUCUACGCCCCUCUGAAGAUCAGCUGGGAGCCGACAGCGCAGAGCUGAUAUGCAUCAUUGCUGGGUUCUUCCCGAGUGAUAUCUAUGUGACAUGGUUGAAAGGUGAUAAAGACAUUGAUGCAGCUAGUUACAAGAACAAUCCUGUCACUCCUGAAAAUGGGGAAGGCUCCUAUUCAAUGGUCAGUAGACUCACAAUCCCCAAAAAUGAGUGGACGACUCGGAAUACCUACAGCUGCAAGGCUGCUCAUGGGACAGAAUGGUUUGAAGCUAAAACACCUGACAAUCUCUUUGCUUGCUCCAGCAUCGAGCCAACUAUUCAUCUUCAGAAACCCACAUUUGAAGAUAUUAUCAAAGGGAAAGAUGUAAGUGCUGAUUGUCUUGUGGUCGGGCUCAAUGACAUCACCGUUUCCUGGAUUACUGAUGGAAGAGAACAUGAUUCAGUUUUAGUUGAUGUCAAACUAAAUGGGAAUAAUACCCAAAGCAUCACCAGGCGAUUGACAGUCUCUUCUUCUGAAUGGAAAAGCUACAGCAAAGUUAGCUGCAAAGUUACACACCCUUGUUCCACCAAAGAGGCAUCUAUUACCAAAGAGAAAGGUUACAGUAAACCUGCUCUUAAGAUUCUACGCCCCUCUGAAGAUCAGCUGGGAGCCGACAGCGCAGAGCUGAUAUGCAUCAUUGCUGGGUUCUUCCCGAGUGAUAUCUAUGUGAAAUGGUUGAAAGGUGAUAAAGACAUUGAUGCCGCUAGUUACAAGAACAAUCCCGUCACUCCUGAAAAUGGGGGAGUCUCCUAUUCAAUGGUCAGUAGACUCACAAUCCCCAAAAAUGAGUGGACGACUCGGAAUACCUACAGCUGCGUGGCUGCUCAUGGGACAGAAAGGUUUGAAGCUAAAACACCUGACAAUCUCUUUGCUUGCUCCAGCAUCGAGCCAACUAUUCAUCUUCAGAAACCCACAUUUGAAGAUAUUAUCAAAGGGAAAGAUGUAAGUGCUGAUUGUCUUGUGGUCGGGCUCAAUGACAUCACUGUUUCCUGGAUUACUGAUGGAAGAGAACAUGAUUCAGUUUUAGUUGAUGUCAAACUAAAUGCGAAUAAUACCCAAAGCAUCACCAGGCGAUUGACAGUCUCUUCUUCUGAAUGGAAAAGCUACAGCAAAGUUAGCUGCAAAGUUACACACCCUUGUUCCACCAAAGAGGCGUCUAUUACCAAAGAGAAAGGUUACAGUAAACCUGCUCUUAAGAUUCUACGCCCCUCUGAAGAUCAGCUGGGAGCCUACAGCGCAGAGCUGAUAUGCAUCAUUGCUGGGUUCUUCCCGAGUGAUAUCUAUGUGAAAUGGCAGAAAGGUGAUAAAGACAUUGAUGCCGCUAGUUACAAGAACAAUCCCGUCACUCCUGAAAAUGGGGGAGUCUCCUAUUCAAUGGUCAGUAGACUCACAAUCCCCAAAAAUGAGUGGACGACUCGGAAUACCUACAGCUGCGUGGCUGCUCAUGGGACAGAAAGGUUUGAAGCUAAAACACCUGACAAUCUCUUUGCUUGCUCCAGCAUCGAGCCAACUAUUCAUCUUCAGAAACCCACAUUUGAAGAUAUUAUCAAAGGGAAAGAUGUAAGUGCUGAUUGUCUUGUGGUCGGGCUCAAUGACAUCACCGUUUCCUGGAUUACUGAUGGAAGAGAACAUGAUUCAGUUUUAGUUGAUGUCAAACUAAAUGCGAAUAAUACCCAAAGCAUCACCAGGCGAUUGACAGUCUCUUCUUCUGAAUGGAAAAGCUACAGCAAAGUUAGCUGCAAAGUUACACACCCUUGUUCCACCAAAGAGGCGUCUAUUACCAAAGAGAAAGGUUACAGUAAACCUGCUCUUAAGAUUCUACGCCCCUCUGAAGAUCAGCUGGGAGCCGACAGCGCAGAGCUGAUAUGCAUCAUUGCCGGGUUCUUCCCGAGUGAUAUCUAUGUGAAAUGGCAGAAAGGUGAUAAAGACAUUGAUGCCGCUAGUUACAAGAACAAUCCCGUCACUCCUGAAAAUGGGGGAGUCUCCUAUUCAAUGGUCAGUAGACUCACAAUCCCCAAAAAUGAGUGGACGACUCGGAAUACCUACAGCUGCAAGGCUGCUCAUGGGACAGAAUGGUUUGAAGCUAAAACACCUGACAAUCUCUUUGCUUGCUCCAGCAUCGAGCCAACUAUUCAUCUUCAGAAACCCACAUUUGAAGAUAUUAUCAAAGGGAAAGAUGCAAGUGCUGAUUGUCUUGUGGUCGGGCUCAAUGACAUCACCGUUUCCUGGAUUACUGAUGGAAGAGAACAUGAUUCAGUUUUAGUUGAUGUCAAACUAAAUGCGAAUAAUACCCAAAGCAUCACCAGGCGAUUGACAGUCUCUUCUUCUGAAUGGAAAAGCUACAGCAAAGUUAGCUGCAAAGUUACACACCCUUGUUCCACCAAAGAGGCGUCUAUUACCAAAGAGAAAGGUUACAGUAAACCUGCUCUUAAGAUUCUACGCCCCUCUGAAGAUCAGCUGGGAGCCGACAGCGCAGAGCUGAUAUGCAUCAUUGCUGGGUUCUUCCCGAGUGAUAUCUAUGUGAAAUGGCAGAAAGGUGAUAAAGACAUUGAUGCCGCUAGUUACAAGAACAAUCCCGUCACUCCUGAAAAUGGGGGAGUCUCCUAUUCAAUGGUCAGUAGACUCACAAUCCCCAAAAAUGAGUGGACGACUCGGAAUACCUACAGCUGCAAGGCUGCUCAUGGGACAGAAUGGUUUGAAGCUAAAACACCUGACAAUCUCUUUGCUUGCUCCAGCAUCAAGCCAACUAUUCAUCUUCAGAAACCCACAUUUGAAGAUAUUAUCAAAGGGAAAGAUGUAAGUGCUGAUUGUCUUGUGGUCGGGCUCAAUGACAUCACCGUUUCCUGGAUUACUGAUGGAAGAGAACAUGAUUCAGUUUUAGUUGAUGUCAAACUAAAUGCGAAUAAUACCCAAAGCAUCACCAGGCGAUUGACAGUCUCUUCUUCUGAAUGGAAAAGCUACAGCAAAGUUAGCUGCAAAGUUACACACCCUUGUUCCACCAAAGAGGCGUCUAUUACCAAAGAGAAAGGUUACAGUAAACCUGCUCUUAAGAUUCUACGCCCCUCUGAAGAUCAGCUGGGAGCCGACAGCGCAGAGCUGAUAUGCAUCAUUGCUGGGUUCUUCCCGAGUGAUAUCUAUGUGAAAUGGCAGAAAGGUGAUAAAGACAUUGAUGCCGCUAGUUACAAGAACAAUCCCGUCACUCCUGAAAAUGGGGGAGUCUCCUAUUCAAUGGUCAGUAGACUCACAAUCCCCAAAAAUGAGUGGACGACUCGGAAUACCUACAGCUGCAAGGCUGCUCAUGGGACAGAAUGGUUUGAAGCUAAAACACCUGACAAUCUCUUUGCUUGCUCCAGCAUCGAGCCAACUAUUCAUCUUCAGAAACCCACAUUUGAAGACAUUUUCAAAGGGGAAAACGUAAGUGCUGAUUGUCUUGUGGUCGGGCUCAAUGACAUCACCGUUUCCUGGAUUACUGAUGGAAGAGAACAUGGUUCAGUUUUAGUUGCUGUCAAACUAAAUGGGAAUAAUACCCAGAGCAUCACCAGGCGAUUGACAGUCUCUUCUUCUGAAUGGAAAAGCUACAGCAAAGUUAGCUGCAAAGUUACACACCCUUGUUCCACCAAAGAGGCGUCUAUUACCAAAGAGACAGGUCACCACAAAAACCCUAUCCUGGAUCUUCGGCAACCCUCUGAAGAUCAGCUGGGAGCCGACAGCGCAGAGCUGAUAUGCAUCAUUGCUGGAUUCUUCCCGAGUGAUAUCUAUGUGAAAUGGCAGAAAGGUGAUAAAGACAUUGAUGCCGCUAGUUACAGGAACAGUCCCGCCACUCCAGAGAAUGGGGGAGUCUCCUAUUCAACGGUCAGUAGACUCACAGUCCUCAAAAAUGAGUGGACGACUCGGAAUACCUACAGCUGCAUGGCUGCCCAUGGGACAGAAUGGUUUGAAGCAAGAACUUCUGACAAUCUCUUUGCUUCUGUGAUACCAACAAAGCCCACAAUGCAGCUUCUUCAGUCUUCAAGUGAACUGGUCUGCUUGGUGUAUGGAUUUAGCCCAAAGCACAUUGAAAUCAAGUGGUUUUUGAAUGAGGAGCCUGUUUCUCGAAACUACACCACCACUCAGCCAUCGAAGGGAGUGGAUGGUAAAUUCAGCACCAGAAGUCAGGUCACCUAUUCCAUAAGAGAAUGGAAACCUGGCAUGGUUUAUACCUGCCAGUUGGAACAUCCAGCCUCCAACACAAUAUUGUCCCAUCAUAUCAUUAAACCAGAGAUUAUUGAAGAGAAAGACUUCCAUGAUGAGAAUGUUGAUUAUUUUGUCGCAGAGGACGACAUGCAGGGGGUGUGGACCACAGCGUGCACCUUCAUCAUUCUCUUUCUCAUCUCCUUCCUCUACAGUGGCUUUGUCACCGUGGUAAAGGUAAAAAAAUGAGGUUCUGCUUUUGAAAACAAGAGAUUGACUCAGAAGAGGAAUGUAGAGGAGGAAUUCUGAUGCAACAAAUCAAUAAUUAUUUUAUAAUGAUAAUUAUAAUCAAGUUUGAACUAACAAUUGUGUUCUGCCUUAAAGUGGAAACACCUAAUAACAAUUACCGCAUUUACUCAAAUUUAAAAAGAGCUUGAACGGAAGUCGCAUAUAACUCUUAAUGAAAAAAAACAAACACACAAUAAUUAACAGCCAAAUUGCCUUUUCGUUUAUAGGUGCCAGCAUGGGACACUGUAUUACUGCACAUGAAAGCAUCAGUCAACCACCAACUAUAUUACAAAUAGGAAAAUAAAAUAUGUAUAGUCCCUGUAGAAGCCCCAGAUUCCAAUUUCCUCAGCAAACAAGAUCACUUUUCUUUUAAAAGCUGCAUCAUUCAAUUUACGUGUACCGUAACACAAUUGCUGUAGUGGCAACUAAGUACUGUGAACAGUAGCUCUCGUUCAAGCAAGUGACAUGCGCAAAUGUAAAUUAGUCCCCUAACUGAAAAAAAAAAAACAAAUCGCCCUCGAAUCCGCGUCGUUCCCCCUGCAAAAUUUGAACUUUUAUUUUGGUCAGAAAAGUGGGACUUGAAUCUGAGUAAAUACGGUAAUUUUUAAUUUUUUUUUUUAAGAUAUAUUGGUUAACUAGUAUUGCCUCAAUGCAUUAUGCUUAGAUAGACUGUGUUUACAUACCAUAUAAAUACAGACGUCAUCCUAGACUUAUUUUGGCUCUCUAUCUGCUGAAAUCCUUUUGGCACCAUUUGUAGAGAUGGGACCUCACCGGCUUUGGUGUUGAAGGCUAUUGGUUAGAUAGUGAAAGGGGGUGACCCUGUUAGACAGUGAAAGGGGGUGACCCUAUUGCUUAGACAGUGAAAGGGGGUGUCCCUAUCGUCACGUACCAGCGUGUGUGUAAAUUUUGGAAAUUAAUCAGCAAUGGAGAACGAAUAAUGCUUGACUGUACUUUUUAUUAACAUUAAAGUGUGUUUAUUACAAGCAUGA